UAUAUGAUCAGGCGAGAUACGGCCGCCAGGAGGUGAGGGGAAGAAAUGGCGGGAGACAAGGGGAAGUUGGUAUACAUGGUGUACAGAGCAGUGAGCUACGGCCUCUCUCCUUUGCUAUAUCUUCACCUUCAAUGGCGAAGACUUCGAGGGCUUGAACACCCUCUGAGAUGGCGGGAGCGCUUCGGUCGUCCUUCGCUCCCUCGCCCUCCAGGCCCUCUCCUCUGGUUCCACGCCGUUUCGUUAGGUGAAGGAAUGGCUGCUAUCCCAGUUAUCAAGCAUUGUAUUCAGCAACGACCCGAUCUCACCAUUUUGAUGACGACCACCACAACCUCAGCAUUUAAAGUAAUAAAGGACGAGCUUCCGGUUGGUGUCAUAUAUCAGUUUGCCCCUAUUGAUACUCCUGCUGCUAUGGAUGCUUUCCUUGGUUAUUGGAACCCAAAUGCAAUAUUUCUCAUUGAAAGUGAACUCUGGCCAAAUCUUAUAUUGGGAGCUUCAAGAAAAGGAAUCACAUUGGCAUUGUUAAAUGCACGGAUGUCUUCUAAAUCCUUCAAGUGCUGGUCAGGACCAGUGGCACUGCCCUUGAUUUCAUUGAUGCUUUCAAAAUUUUCAUUGAUUGCCCCAUUAAGCACAUUAGAGGCUAUCCAUUUUCAGCUGCUGCAGGCCCCACCAUUUUGUAUCGACUUUGCUGGUGAUUUGAAAUAUGCUGUUGGAGAUGUAUGUUUCUCCAAGAAAGAGAUUAGAAGUGUGGAAGAUUUACAACUACAGCUUGUUAAUAGGCCAGUUUGGAUGGCUGCCUCUAUACAUAAGGGUGAAGAAGAAGUCAUGCUAGGGGUUCAUAAAGUACUAAUGCAGAUGUACCCUAACAUGUUAACAAUUAUUGUACCUAGACAUCCACAACAAGGACAACAAAUUGCCAUUGAAGUGCAGAAAGAAGGAUUAAAUGUUUCCUUGAGGUCUCGUGAUGAAAGGAUAUGUCAAAGGACAAAUAUCUAUGUGGUUGAUACAUUAGGUGAACUAAGGAGUUUGUAUAAGUUGACUCCAAUAGCUGUUAUAGGAGGUUCUUUCCUGCCUGGUUUAGCUGGACAUAAUAUUUCAGAGGCUGCUGCAGCUGGUUGUGCUGUUUUGACUGGUCAUUAUGUUGGACAUUUCUCUCACAUGGUAGUGAAAAUGCAACAAUCUAAUCCUUUAUCAGUUUUGAAGGUUUCUGGAGAAGGAGAGCUCAUUGAAGCCCUCAGUGAACUAUUUGAUGAUGCUGAAGUCUUGGGAGCACAUCGCAUGGCUGCAAAACAAGCAUUUCUUUCUCUAUCAAGUAGGGUUCUUACAAAUAUUUGGAAUCUAAUAAAUUCCUAUGUUCUUGAAAAGACAUUUUGCCCUGAAAUUAGAUGAACGCGUGCACCAAAGCGAAUGCAAUGCCAAGUCGGGAAACCCCACGCAUCAGAGUCCUAGAAAAUUGACAGCAUUUCGGCACGAGUAAUGCCUUUAAAUUACACUCACCCUUCACCCGGCAUAGUCAUCCCCCUUGUUCACCAGGUGAACCCCUCUGGUUCAGUUACGAACCAGCUUCCAUGAUUGAAAGACCCAAAGGGGUAAAAUCUUGCCAAUAGUUGCAUCUUGAUUACCUAUAAGAUUCAGACAACUGGGUCAUUUCAGGGAUUUGAUAGGACAUAUUUUCUUAUUCAUUUGGUGUAUGCUACCUCAUCCCAACCCCAAAUAGUUGGGUUUUCAGGGGUCUGUCAUUACCCCAAAAGUACAAGGUGGCAAUCUGCAAGGUAAAGUACCUUCGUUUUGUAAUUUGAAGUUAGUCCAGGCAUUACAUCAGCACGCAAGAUUUAAAGUGGGCCUCACAGUGAUAACUGACAAGUAACCUGUACUUCUUGAUUGUCAUAUAAAGUUUCUCAGUUUUCAAAGUUUGGCAAACAAAACAUGAAUCACAAAACCAAAACUGCCAUACUGAUUUUGUA